CACAAAACUAGUUAAUUCACUAGUUAAUUUGAUUAAAGUAAACUUUAAAAUACUAAUUUGCUACAACUCGAAUUAAUAGUUAGAUUAAUGGUUAAUUACUUUAUUACAAUUGUUUAUUAAUUGCUACAUUUGACUCUAGUUUAAAAAACUAGUUAAUUCUCAUUAUAGUUAAAGUUAAAGUAUAUUAAUUUCAUUGUUAGUAAAAAAAGGUUGUACACAAAACUAGUUAAUUUAAUAGUAUAAUUUCAUUGCUAAUUUCAUUUACUAGUUAGAUUAAUAGUAUAUUUUUAUUAAUAUAUUUGUUGCAAUUUAAUAUUUGUUACAUUUUUUAGAUGGAUCGUCCUAGAUAUUCGGUGAUAUGGGUAACCUCGAGCGCAACCGAACGAAAUACUCUUAUUUUCUAACAUUUUUAUACACAUCUUCUCCAACUUCCAAUCUCUAAUCUCCAUUCUCCAAUCUCUAUCUUCAUCUCCAUCUAUUGUAGAAUUAUUAUAUCUACCAUUUUUAAGAUGGAAGGAUUGGAAGGUCAAGAUGCCGUUAUACGGUAUAAUUUUGAUAAGCGGAAGGACCUGAAGACCGGGAUGUGGUACGCAACUUGCAAAUGGUGGGAGGGAAAAUGUAGCAUGGGGGUUUCAGGCGGAUACGGGAUGGCAAUGAAGCAUAUUAAGUCAUGUGACAAAGCCAAAGGAUCAGGAGGUUUUGUAGAUCCAAUAAUGGCCAAAAACGAGCCAUUGAAGGUCAUGCAUGCCGAUGCGGUGGUUGAAGACUCAAUUGAUGCCUUGAGUUGGCCCGACGUCCCUGAUUCCGAAGAUCAGAAUUAGUCACCUAGGGUUGAAGACAACAUCGAAGGAGGGUGGAAUGCUGAUGGCGAGAAGAGAGGUUUACAACAGGGAUUGGGCCCUAAGACUGUUCCAUCUGUCGUUGAUGAAUUUAUUGCCAUUUACCUAAGUCCAGUGGAUGAGUCUGUGCACAUUGCUUUUGGGGUACCCUAAGGCAGUUGCUAGGCUCCUUAUACUCUUUCUUUUGUCAAGAUCUAUGUCCUUGACUUGAGCAAGAGAUAGAAUCCGUGGUUUUCUUCCUACCUUGCCAGCCAUCUGUCUGUCCACGUUAAUAGUUCGUACGCCUCAAUGCAGCUUUCCAUUUUGAGAGUUCUGAAGAAGUUCCCCCAAUAUGAGCUGUCUAACUUCAUUAGGCAGUCUUUUUUUUUCUGAACACUUUCUGUAUUUUCCAUGUUGUUGUCCUCUUUCCAGAUUGCCCAUUGUGGUUCGUAUAUGUAGACAGCAAAGCUGCCAACUUUAUUUCAUUUUUGGAGGGAUUAGGGUUUUUUUGGAC